AUGGGACGAUGGAGAGAAAGCUUAGAUAAGGUGCUGGUGGUAGUAGAGUCGAUCAAACGGAAUACCCAGCACAGUGAUUGGGAUCAACGGAUGCGUAACUUGCUGGAAUAUAUCGAUCAGUUGGAUCUGGAAGCAACUAUAGAAGUUGAAGUGUUAAAGGAGAUGCAAGGCCAGGGAAGCGGUGAAACUGUAGACACAUCACGAGAUCGCUUCAGAGAACGGAUAGAAGAAAUCGGCUGGGAACAGCCAAAUAAACGAGGCAAAGCGGCGGAUAGGAUAGAGGCGCUACGAAAGGUCGAGAGAGCGGACACAAGUAGCACUGUUGAGGUGGAGAGGAUUUAUUACUCGAGAAAAGAUCCCUACACUAAGCAGGACAUUAAAGAUCCAGUGCAGAAUAAGAUCUGUAAGCAUGUUUAUGAUCGAGAAUCGGUACUAGCUAAUAUUGGCGAAUGCAAGAAACGACGUCUGUUAUGUGAGUGUCCCGUUUCAGGAUGUCCGAAUAAGAAACCCCUAACAAUGGCCGAUAUAGUGGCAUUCCCGAAGUUUUACGAUUGUCUUAAGGAUUAA